UUAUAUAUUAAGAUAGAAGAAGUGGAAUUUACUUGCUCCUUUUCUAAACAACUCUAUUCAACAUUCCUAUGUCAUAAUUUCAUGUUCAACUUGUCUAUAUAAGUUGCAUUCUAACCCAUCUUCCGAGCAUUUAAAUUUCUCUCCAUAUUAUAACACAAAUAAAUAUCAUAACAAGCCAUGAAAAUGGCCAUUUGUGCUGGUUUUCUUGUUCUUUUACUGGUUUCUCCUGCAGUAUUUGCUAAGGAUAUCACUGUUGGUGGCAACAAUGGAUGGACCGAGAGCUUUGAUUACUCCUCGUGGACUUCUAGCCAAACAUUUAAUGUUGGUGACAACCUUGUGUUCAACUAUGGACCCACUCACAGCGUGUAUGAAGUAAGUAGAGCAGACUAUGAUAAUUGCAACACAGGGAAUCCCAGAAGUACUCACAGCCCCAGCCCCACCACUAUUCCUUUAUCCGCCGCGGGUUCAAGAUAUUUUAUAUGUCCUACAUCCAAUCACUGCUCUCAAGGUAUGAAGCUGGCAGUCAACGUCGUGGCUGCUGGGACCCCCGCUCCCGGUGGCUCACCACCGUCCGGUUCACGUCCCACACCAAGUUCGCCUAAUACGCCACCUGCUCCACCUGGUACUUCAGCCCCACCACCACCUUCUGGUGGCGCAGCCAGCAUUUUCGGAGGGAUGAGUAAUUUGAUAGUUGGAUCAUUGGCAGCCCUGUUUGUAUUAAUGGGCUAGGAAAGAGGCAGUGCCGUUUGAUUUUCGUUGGAUUUUCUUUGGUCAUAUGCAUGUUUAUGAUAUGUAGUUCAUUGUGUGUACAUGAUUUGAGGAAUAUUUGAUUAUGAUUACUUGUUUUAGUCUUUUAAUUGAA